AUGACGAAUCACGGUCUUGAUACCAUGGAUAGGGGGGACUUCGCUGGCGAGGACCCAGCCUCACACCUGGCGGUGCUGGAGAAUGCCUUGCAACACCUUGUUAUCCCAGAAGAACGAACCCUGUCCACCUUUGAGCGAGUGAUAACAACAAAUGCACCCAUAUUCGAGUCUUUGUUACUUCAAAUCCCGACCGACACUAUCAUAAAGCUAUAUCACACUUCAAAUUACCUCCGUACGUUCCUUCGAUCAUAUCCGACCGCAUGGAAGUCACUCUCGUUUCGCCUACAAUUUCCUUCAAGCUCUCUACCGAAUCCUCAAAUCAAUGAUCCAAGCAUCCCUGAAACACCUCCAGCGCGUCAAUCCCGACCGUAUGCCCUAGACAUGCUCCUGAUGAAUGUGGUGAUGCCAUUCAGUAGGUGUUUGAAAAGCCUAGAACUGGAUAAUACGGCGAUUUCGGGAGAGAAUCUGACCUCGACCGUGCUGCAUUCACGUCGGGAGACGCUGGUACAUCUCUCUAUCCGAGGCUGCAAGAAUGUCUCUUUGAAAUAUCAUAUUGUUCCUUUCUUGACUAUGUUCGCGCUGCAAUGUGAAAUUGACAUGGAGAAUAAUACCGGAAGCUCUCCGGGGAUGAAACGACUUGCUCUCAAGAGUAUCUACACCUACCGAUGCCGUCAUCAUCGAAGACGUCCUUACCUGUCAUCUUCACUGAUGCGGAAAGACGCCGACGCAGAGUCGACCCAUGAACUUGUCAAUAUCUGCCACAAGCUAGGCAUCUGGACUGAUACCGCUUGGUGCACCACACCUGCUGGUAGAUGUGCUCGCAGAGCCGGUUAUGUCAAAUCGAGGUUCCCGCAUGGAGGAGGUUCGCCGGAAGUUUGGGUAGUCUUUGAUCGACUCUGGAGAUCUAAAAAUUGGAUCGGCCCAACCGAGUCUGAGACCCCUCAGCCACACGUGUACGAUGGAAAACUGUGGGAGAAUCGUGACACCGGACUCUUUGGCGAGGCAUUAGGAACUGGUGAGGGUAUUGAUUGGGGUGAAGGCAAAAUGACGCCUGCUCAUCUGCGCCGUAGUCAUACCCAAUUUGUUGAUAAGAUUCGCUGUGACAACUGCCUCGAUGAUAUCUCAGAGCGAUGUGAACAUUGCAGUGUCUUGAUGCACUGUGUCGGAUGCCGUAAAACACUUUGUGCGAGCUGUGCCCACGAACGGCCGUAUCUUCACAGAAGCAUACCACCCUCUUCGUCCGAGAAGAACCAGAGUCCACCGGAUCUCUUCUGGUGGGCACCUGGGGCCACACACUCUCCUGGCUCAAUGCAGGAUCCCAUGGAUAUUCUGACAGCCCCAAAUCAACUUCAGGGGACAGGGAUGGACCCCCCGCCUAUCCUCAAUUUCCAUUGGUGCUGCACCAAGCCUGAUCUCUCUGGGGGAGGUGGGAUUAGCAUCGGACCUCGCAAUGGCGAGGUGGACCAAGUACGAGCCGUGCCUUUGCCUCGUGGCCAAGGCUGGGAGGACUUAGAGUACACUGUCAGUGAAUGGAGCAAAACGUUCCCCAAGUAUGCAUAUGGUGAUCCGAGCAAGCCGGACUACUCGCUUGAGACAGGUCAUCUGGCGAUGAUGAAGUGGCUGCUGGGGCCGCCUAACCGGGAAGUUUCACCAUGUCCGCGUAACUUGUGCCAAGGAUGUUACGAUUCACCACAGUGGAAGGUGCACUGCAAGAGCUGCUCCAAGCCUCUCUGCAUUGAACAUGACCUCCGUGGACUUCGAUUAAGGAUAUGCGGUUAUCGAGACCUCGAGACAGAAAAGCAAACGAUACAAAAUCGAUUCGCUGCAAAUCUAUCGGGAUUCUCUGGUCAACUUCCUGAAUACGACGACAUACUUUUUAGAAGUCAACAACUUCUUGAUUCAACAAACAAAAGUUUUAUCGACGAUUCACGUCAAGAUAGUCUGGACGAGGAGGAAAAUACACCCGAUUCACACGUUGGUGAUCAGUCGGGUCCUGUUUCCUUCUUCUCCAACCAACCAACUCGCUCCUUUUCGGCCCCUGCAUCUGACCAUUCUUCCCCCCCAUCAUCCUCGUCAUCCACCUUCUUUGAUUCGCCGACAUUCGAACCCUCCAGAUGGCAAGGCUGCCAAUCCUUCUUCUGCCCCCCGGCUGAUCCUAUCACCGGAAUCAGGGAUGUCAGAGGUGGUAUCAGGGAUCCACGCCCCAGAUGCCCCAGUUAUCUGCGGGAAUGUAAAGGCUGCAAGGUGUAUGUAUGCGCGGACUGCAUCUACACCCACCCACCCUGCAAAUGCUCGUAUUGCGAGGAAAACUACUUGUGCCCCAAUUGCAUGACGGACCGCCCUCGUGACAGUUUGUGCCGCCGUCGCCAUGAGGAAAGGGCACAGCGUGACCGCAAAUGGAAAAAAGAAAUGCAGGCGCUUGAAGCCAUCCUUGAGCUGAAGGUGGCUAAUGAGCUUGCUGAGUUUGCAGGCGAGUUCUUUGACCUCGUUGAGCGGCGCAAUAGUCUGCCUUCGGGGACUAUGGUCCCCUUUGAUAACGGGAUCGUCGACCUUUUCGAAGGGGACAUUGCAGCAGCCGAAACGUCCGCUUCGUACUUUGAGCCUGAUGACCUUGACUGGUUCCUCCAAGACUCUCAUUAG